AUGUCAAUACAAGUAGGCAAAGCGGAUAAAGCAGAAAAAGGAGACAAAGCGAUAGCCAGUAAACUAGACAAAUCUAAGCAGACCGAAAUCAAAGAAAAACUAUAUAAUACAAAGCAAGUAGAAACAUCCAUAACUAUACUUGAUUCUCCAGAAGUCGAUAUAGUUCUAGAAGCCCUUCUAUUUAUAUCAAAAUAUGCCGAUCUUAAUAAAAACAAUUCAGUGUUUCUGAUUAAAAAGGGAUUAAUACCGAAAUUAACACAGAACUUAUCAAAGAAUAUCUGCAUUUUGAGACUUUCUUUGCGGUUGUUUACUGAAGUCCUAAAUUUUGAAGAGGCUCUAAAUGAAAUUGAUCAAGAAAUAUACGAUGAAACUUUCCUUCAAAUAACCGAUAUGUUCAUCGACCACAAAGAUGUCCAUGUUAGACAGUACUGUAUAGAGAUUUUAUCAAAGAUUGCAGCUAUGCCUCGCAUAGCCGUUCUUAUAUUCAAAAUAGAUCUUCUAAGUCCUGUUUUGGAGAAUAUCAAAUUUUCUAAGAAUUCGACGGUACAAUAUUACACAUUGUUACUGUUUUUUCGAUUAAUGGAUAUACCAGCAGCGAUAAGUGCUGUUCCUGAAUGCAACAACUAUGACCCUAAAAAGAUUACUAGUUUUAAAUUAUCGUUUCUACAAGAUGGUUUUAAAACAGUACAUUUAGUUGAAAAACUUUUAGCGAUUAUCAUGAGGGACAGUCGUGAAGAACAGCAUGAAAAAGCAAUACAAAUCUUACUUAACUGUAUACAAAGCGAAGAAACUAGCACUUAUUUCAUCGAGUCAAUAGAAUUUUUAGAACUAUGUCAAUGGAUAAAAACCUGCCAUCCAAAGUAUCUUACUCCUCUUAUUGAAGUUUUUCUAAAGCUGUCAAGCGUACCCGAAAUUAAGCAGAUGCUUUUUGAUCUGUCCGUUGAAGAAUCAGUUUUAUACUUUUUUAGAUACUCCAAUAAAUUCGUUAUUAACAAAACAUGCCAGACUGUCUCAAAUUUAACUACCCACAAAUACUGUUGUGAACAAAUGCUAACACCUGUUAUAGCCUCCACACUUUUGGAUAUCCUAAAUCGACAGAAUGACGAAGAGGAUCCAUAUAAUGAAAUUGCCCUAAAAACAAUAUUCCAUUUUAUAAGACGGUAUAAUCGAGCUAUAGAGAUUUUUAUGGCAAAAGAAUUCAAGCCUAUACUUCUAAAUUAUUUCUUAGUCAAAUCAAAACUAAUAGCUGAUGAAAGUUUUGCCAUGGUGCUCGAAAUAAUAUAUAGAUGCCUAGUUCAUCCGUUAUAUCAACAAGAGUUUAUAUCUUCUGAACUAUUCGUAGAACUGUUAACUUUGUUUAAAGAGUCUACUCCAUCUGUCUCAAGUCUGUGCUGUGAGAUACUAACAAGCGUACUACCUACACAAGAUUUUAGAAAAUGUUUCCUACAAAAAAAUGGACCAAAGACGUUCUUGAAUGUUAUGGAGAACUGUCAAGAUGUAGAAUUAUUAACGCAAAUUUUAUACUUUCUUUUCAGUUCUCUUGUCUAUGAGGACGUCGCUAUGGCCUUUCUGCACGGUGGCUUAAUCAGAAGUUUGAGGAAAUUUGAUGAAUUCUUAAAAUCCAAAAUACCGCUUAUAAAAAAAGUCUUAAAUAUGGCUUUGGGUUAUUAUUUACCCAUCAAAUUUUUCGAAAUGGGUCGACUGGAAGUAACAGAGAAACUCCCAAACAGAUUUUAUUUGAUUAACGGACCUUGGACUGCACCGUUUCCAUUUUUAGAUGUCCUUGAAAAUAUCCAUGUAUCACCUUAUCAGACUAUAUAUGUCGUUGACUAUUCACUCGAAGUUGUAAAAGAAAACUUACCAGAGCUUAAAAGUCAAACUUCAUUGCUCAUAUCAAAAAGUUAUUCAAAAUCGUUUGAAUCAUCUCCGUCAAUUAAAAAAUCUCCAGAAAACAGCAACCUAACAAUAACUUCCCACGAUUCAGGUACUUUUGAUAUUAAUUAUGGAGGAAUCUCAUCAGAUCCAUACCUUCCAAGAUACAUUUACCAUAUCCAAAAAUAUGAAAAGUAUCUUCAAGGGGACAUACAAACCAGAUGUCGAUUUCUGGCAGAGUAUAUCGAUACACUUCUUUGCGGUCCAAAAGAACACCUAACAUUACCUCAAAAGAUUCACGAGUACAAAUUACAAAUAGAGUGCUUAAAAAACAAACUAGGAAACAAUAUAAUUCCAAUUGGCUAUCUGAGACUAGGAUUUCACUGUGAAAGAGCUUUACUAUUUAAAGCUUUAGCAGAUAAAGUGAGUAUACCUUGUUCUUUAGUCAAAGGUAAUCUGAAAAUAUAUUGGAACGAAGUAGCAGUAUUUGAAGGUCUGGAUACUGACGAAAAAGUAAAAUUUUACGUAGUAGAUUUAAUCGAGGAUUUAGGUAAUUUAAUGCCUGUAGGAUCCAGAGAAGCAAAUAAAUAUUGUAACAAUAAUUAA